AUGGUGCGUCACUACUUCUCGCCGGAAAAUAGCGAAAUGCGGGAUUCGUUCGAAGGAGUAACUCCGCGGGCAGAAGGAACUCUAAGGUGGCCCAGGCCUCUGGGCAGCGUCGGUAGCGACGACGAGAAGGGAACGCGUACGUACGUAGGUCGUCGGGGCCUCUGGACGGCGUCAAGAGCGGCGGCAAGAGGGGCGUUCCCAGGAGGAACGGUGCCGUCCGUCCAGGCUUGUAAGGAAGGCGAGGAGGGAAGGGGGAAAAGGGGAGGGAUGGAACGGGGAAAGGGGAAAUGGGAGGGAGGGAAAAGGGAGGUGAGGAAAAGGGUGGGUGGAACGGGUGGGGGGUUUGAGGUGAAGCGGGUGCGGUGGGAGGAGGAGGAGGUGGCGUGCGGCACGGACCACACGGUGGUGUAUCUGCUCCUGCAGAGCGGCCGCCUCUCCCUGCGCGGCCUCGCCACGCGCGCAUGCCUCUGCCGCUCCUUCCGCCAUGCGUGUGAGGACGAGAUGCUGUGGCAUCUGGUGUGCAUCGUGCACUGGCCCAGCCUUAACGCUCCAGACCUUGAAGCCAGAAUACGAGCGAGUGGUGGUUACAAGAGGUUCUGCCGUUUGCUCCACACGCCCUGUGGGGAGGUCCAGUCCACCAUUCCAGCAGGCCACGUGGACGAGUUCGUGUCUGACGUCAUCUUCCUUGUUGACGUGUCGUACCGUGGUUCGCCCAUCUUCGCGCGUCGCAUUAACGGGGCGAGUGACCUGGAGCACCUGCAGCAGCCCGACUCGUUCGCCUUCAGGCUGCCAGACAUAAAUGUGGGCGCAGUGCUGGUGGACGGCAAGCCUGGGCUGAGCAGGCGGGCGUUGGAGCGCGCAGCCAGGGAGCUGCAGGUGUCGUGUCUGGCGCUCAGGGGGCGCGACGACUGCUUUGCUGUGCUGCUCAACGCUGCCACCUCACAGAACAGCAUCAUUGGCGGGACGGUAUAUGCCACUUUUCAACGCCACUUCGCCCUUCCAGGCACCCUCACGCACACCAACCUGUCUGUCGACUGCAUCGUCACCGUCACCUCCCGCGCUCGCUACGUCGACCCCGCCGCCCAACCGGAUGGCGCUGCUGCCCAACCGGAUGGUGCCGCCGCCCAAGCAGGGGGCCAUGCAGAGGUGGUGGAGGAGACGAGGCGCAUGGUUCUGGCGUACCGAGCCGUGACCUCCGGCCAAGCCGCUGCGCCAGGUGCGGGUGAGCUGCGUUUCGGGCCUGAUUUUGCGGGUGCCGCCAUUGCUGGUACUGCUGGCACUGCUGCUGGCACUGCCGCCGCUGCUGCUGCUGGUGCUGGUGCUGUGGCUCCAGAAGGAGCGGCAGGAGGGGGUGUGGUGGAGCAGUGGCAGUGGCAGAGGCAGGCAAUUGGUGUUGCAGGGAUAAGGGAUGGGCAGAUUAAUGGAUUCCAGGAAGGGGGGGGUGGUGUAGGGCAGAUGAAUGUGUUCCAGGCAGGGGGGGGUGGUGUAGUGGCAGGAGCAGGAGCAGCUGCUGGUGGUGUUGCUGAUGCUGGUGCUGCUGGUGCUGCUGGUGCUGCUGGUGCUGCUGGUGCUGCUGCUGCUGCUGCUGCUGCUGCUGCUGCUGCUGCUGCUGCUGCUGCUGGUGCUGCUGGUGGCGCUGGUGAUGUGUUGGAUGUGGUAUUGGGGCAGCUGGGGUUUCAGAUCAAGGUGGAAUGCGGGCAAGGGGAGGCGAGGCAGACAAAGCCGAGUGUGGGCGAGUGGCACGACCUCAAAUGGAAGUGA